AUGACAUCCGUCCACACCCCCCCUCUCUCCCGCAGUGGCUCCUCCCCUUCCUCUGUCGGCCUGGCCAAUCACAGCGGUCCCCCUGCCGCCCCUCCCACCUCCCUCAGCCUGCGCUCCUCCUACAACCAACUCCUGGGUCGUGAUGUCAUAAAGGAGUCCCCUACUGCCAUGGAAACGGGGAGUUCUGCCACUUUACCAAAGAGUCGCCAUAGAUAUGCCAUGACCAGCGUACGCAGUGCCAUGGGGCUGAGCGACACCCUCGCCCCUCCCACCCGAAACCAGCCCCCCACCGGUGGUAAGCGCCUCCCCACCAAGUCCUCUUCAUCCUCUGCUCUCUACUCCUCCUCCUCUUCCUCAUUCUUCUCCACCAACCCCAAGCUGGCGAAGAACGGUGCCAACCUGCAGAGGAAGGCUGAGACCCAGCAACAGGAGCAGAGUAAGACCAACACAGAGGUCAAAGAGCAGGAUGACAUCAUCACUCCCAUACACAGCACUGAUUGGCUGGAGGGGGAGAAAGACAACUCCCAGGGCCCACCCCCAUUCUGUCGGAGGACCAAGAGUUUUCUGGAGUUCCAUGAGAAGGAAGAGGACCCUCCUAGGGUAGAAAACAAGAAAGAAGAACUUCCCAGCAAGGAAGGGGAGGAAGAGGAUGAGAAGCACCCCUGCCCUGAGAAAGAUCAGGUCAGCCCGGAUAAAGAGAGAGAGAGACCUGAGGAGGAAAAACAGACCCCAAAACAGGAGGAUUACAUGGAGUGGCACCCUCUUCCUCUAACUGCUAAUCAGUCUUUUCUACAGGGGGCCCAAUCUCCCCCCAUCUCCCCCCAAAACAACCUCAACUGGGCCCAAGAGAACAAGAUUCAGAGUUUUCCCCCUCCCCAGGGCAGAAAGGAGGCCUUAAACCAGGGCCAGGGUCAACCACACGGGUUUGAGACGCCCCCCAAACCCUCCCGGAGCGCCCAGGCCCCCCCCCCCAGAGUGAUCAAGGUGGAGCUGCACCCCAGCAAUGAGAACCCGUACCUCCACCGCCCCCCCUCUUCACCCCCUAAGCAGCCCAGGGGGGAGGAGAAUACCCCUCUCCUGCUCCAGACCCCCCCUGCAUCCUUUGGCCCGGACCCAGAGAAAGGAGCUCCUAAACUGGGUACUCUGAGGACGAAGGUGGAGUCUCCCCUGGAGGAUGAGGAUUCCAGCUGGACCACCCUGUCCCAGGAGAGUCCCUCCCCUCAGACCCCACAGGAGAUAGGUGAGACAAUGAUAUGAUAUACCUUCUGGCUGGCUUUAUGUCUGUUUGUCUGAGUGACUGGCUGGUUGUCUGUCUGUCUGUCUGUCUGUCUGUUGGUCUGUCUGGUGGGAGAUAUACUUUCUGUAUGUCUGUCUGUAUGUCUGCCUGUCGGUCUAUCGUCCUGUCUGGUUGGAAAUACAGUUGAAGUCUGAAGUUUACAUACUCCUUAGCCAAAUACAUUUAAAACUCAGUUUUUCACAAUUCCUGAUAUUUAAUCCUAGUAAAAAUUCCCUGUCUUAGGUCAGUUAGGAUCACCACGUUAUUUUAAGAAUGUGAAAUGUCAGAAUAAUAGUAGAGAGAAUGAUUUAUUUAAGCUUUUAUUUCUUUCAUCACAUUCCCAGUAGGUCAGAAGUUUACAUACACUCAAUUACUAUUUGGUAGCAUUGCCUUUAAAUGGUUUAACUUGGGUCAAACGUUUCGGGUAGCCUUCCACAAGCUUCCCACAAUAAGUUGGGUGAAUUUUGGCCCAUUCCUCCUAAUGGAGCUGCUUCUGCCCACACAUUUUCUAUAGGAUUGAUGUCGGGGCUUUGUGAUGGCCACACCAAUACCUUGACUUUGUUGUCCUUAAGCCAUUUUGCUACAACUUUGGAAGUAUGCUUAGGGUCAUUGUCCAUUUGGAAGACCCAUUUGCGACCAAGCUUUAACUUCCUGACUGAUGUCUUGAGAUGUUGCUUCAAUAUAUCCACAUAAUUUUCCUUCCUCAUGAUGCCAUCUAUUUUGUGAAGUGCACCAGUCCCUCCUGCAGCAAAGCACCCCCACAGCAUGAUGCUGCCACCUCCGUGCUUCACGGUUGGGAUGGUGUUCUUCGGCUUGCAAGAAUCCCCCCUUUUCCUCCAAACAUAACGUUUCAUCAGACCAGAGGACAUUUCUCCAAAAAGUACGAUCUUUGUCCCCAUGUGCAGUUGCAAACCGUAGUCUGGCUUCUUUAUGGCGGUUUUGGAGCAGUGGCUUCUUCCUUGCUGAGCGGCCUUUCAGGCUAUGUCGAUAUAGGACUCGUUUUACUGUGGAUAUAGAUACUUUUGUACCUGUUUCCUCCAGCAUCUUCACAAGGUCCUUUGCUGUUGUUCUGGGAUUGAUUUGCACUUUUUGCACCAAAGUACGUUCAUCUAUAGGAGACAGAACAUGUCUCCUUCCUGAGCGGUAUGAUGGCUGCGUGGUCCCAUGGUGUUUAUACUUGCGUACUAUUGUUUGUACAGAUGAACAUGGUACCUUCAGGCGUUUGGAAAUUGCUCCCAAGGAUGAACCAGACUUACAUUUACAUUUUCGUCAUUUAGCAGACGCUCUUAUCCAGAACGACUUACAAAUUGGUGCAUUCACCUUAUGCUAGCCAGUUUUUUUUUUUUUUUGGGGGGGGGGGGGGGGGUAGAAGGAUUACUUUAUCCUUUUCAGGUAUUCCUUAAAGAGGUGGGGUUUCAAGUGUCUCCGGAAGGUGGUGAGUGACUCCGCUGUCAUGGCGUCGUGAGGGAGCUUGUUCCACCAUUGGGUUGCCAGAGCAGUGAACAGUUUUGACUGGGCUGAGCGGGAACUGUGCUUCCGCAGAGGUAGGGGAGCCAGCAGGCCAGAGGUGGAUGAACGUAGUGCCCUCGUUUGGGUAUAGGGACUGAUCAGAGCCUGAAGGUACGGAGGUGCCGUUCCCCUCACAGCUCCGUAGGCAAGCACCAUGGUCUUGUAGCAGAUGCGAGCUUCAACUGGAAGCCAGUGGAGUGUGCGGAGGAGAGGGGUGACUUGAGAGAACUUGGGAAGGUUGAACACCAGACGGGCUGCGGCGUUCUGGAUGAGUUGUAGGGUUUUAAUGGCACAGGCAGGGAGCCCAGCCAACAGCGAGUUGCAGUAAUCCAGACGGGAGAUGACAAGUGCCUGGAUUAGGACCUGUGCCGCUUCCUGUGUAAGGCAGGGUCGUACUCUGCGAAUGUCGUAGAGCAUGAACCUACAGGAUCGGGUCACCGCCUUGAUGUUAGCGGAGAACGACAGGGUGUUGUCCAGGGUCACGCCAUGGCUCUUUGCACUCUGGGAGGAGGACACAACGGAGUUGUCAACCGUGAUGGCAAGAUCAUGGAACGGGCAGUCCUUCCCCCGGAGGAAGAGCAGCUCCGUCUUGCCGAGGUUCAGAUUGAGGUGGUGAUCCGUCAUCCACACUGAUAUGUCUGCCAGACAUGCAGAGAUGCGAUUCGCCACCUGGUUAUCAGAAGGGGGAAAGGAGAAGUUUAAUUGUGUGUCGUCUGCGUAGCAAUGAUAGGAGAGGCCAUGUGAGGAUAUGACAGAGCCAAGUGACUUGGUGUAUAGCGAGAAUAGGAGAGGGCCUAGAACUGAGCCCUGAGGGACACCAGUGGUGAGAGCACGUGGCGCGGAGACAGAUUCUCGCCACGCCACCUGGUAGGAGCGACCUGUCAGGAAGGACGCAAUCCAAGAGUGAGCCGCGCCAUAGAUGCCCAACUCGGAGAGGGUGGAGAGGAGGAUCUGAUGGUUCACAGUAUCAAAGGCAGCAGAUCGGUCUAGAAGGACGAGAGCAGAGGAGAGAGAGUUAGCUUUAGCAGUGUGGAGAGCCUCCGUGACACAGAGAAGAGCAGUCUCAGUUGAAUGACCAGUCUUGAAACCUGACUGGUUUGGAUCAAGAAGGUCAUUCUGAGAGAGAUAGCAAGAGAGUUGGCUAAAGACGGCACGCUCAAGAGUUUUGGAGAGAAAAGAAAGAAGGGAUACUGGUCUGUAGUGACAUCGGAGGGAUCGAGUGUAGGUUUUUCGAGAAGGGGUGCAACUCUCGCUCUCUUUAAGAUGGAAGGGACAUAGCCAGCGGUCAAGGAUGAGUUGAUGAGCGAGGUGAGGUAAGGGAGAAGGUCUCCGGAAAUGGUCUGGAGAAGAGAGGAGGGGAUAGGGUCAAGCGGGCAGGUUGUUGGGCGGCCGGCCGUCACAAGUCGCAAGAUUUCAUCUGGAGAGAGAGGAGAGAAAGAAGUCAAAGCAUAGGGUAGGGCAGUGUGAGCAGGACCAGCGGUGUCAUUUGACUUAACAAACGAGGAUCGGAUGUCGUCAACCUUCUUUUCAAAAUGGUUGACGAAGUCAUCCACAGAGACGGAGGGGGGGGGGGGGGGGGGGGGGGGAGGAUUCAGCAGGGAGGAGAAUGUGGCAAAGAGCUUCCUAGGGUUAGAGGCAGAUUCUUGGAAUUUAGAGUGGUAGAAAGUGGCUUUAGCAGCAGAAACAGAGGAAGAAAAUGUAGAGAGGAGGGAGUGAAAAGAUGCCAGGUCUGCAGGGAGUCUAGUUUUCAUCCAUUUCCGCUCAGCUGCCCGGAGCUCUGUUCUGUGAGCUCGCAAUGAGUCAUCAAGCCACGGAGCUGGAGGGGAGGACCGGGCCGGCCGGGAGGAUAGGGGACAUAGAGAGUCAAAGGAUGCAGAAAGGGAGGAGAGGAGGGUUGAGGAGGCAGAAUCAGGAGAUUGGAGGGAGCAGAGGGAAGAGAUGAUAGGAUGGAAGAGGAGAGAGUAGCGGGAGAGAGAGAGCGAAGGUUGCGACGGCGCAUUACCAUCUGAGUAGGGGCAGAGUGAGUAGUGUUGGAGGAGAGCGAGAGAUAAAAGGAUACAAAGUAGUGGUCAGAGACUUGGAGGGGAGUUGCAGUGAGAUUAGUAGAAGAACAGUAUCUAGUAAAGAUGAGGUCAAGCGUAUUACCUGCCUUGUGAGUAGGGGGGGACGGUGAGAGGGUGAGGUCAAAAGAGGAGAGGAGUGGAAAGAAGGAGGCAGAGAGAAAUGAGUCAAAGGUAGACGUAGGGAGGUUAAAGUCACCCAGAACUGUGAGGGGUGAGCCAUCCUCAGGAAAGGAACUUAUCAAGGCGUCAAGCUCAUUGAUGAACUCUCCAAGGGAACCUGGAGGGCGAUAAAUGAUAAGGAUGUUAAGCUUGAAUGGGCUAGUGACUGUGACAGCAUGGAAUUCAAAUGAGGAGAUAGACAGAUGGGUCAGGGGAGAAAGAGAGAAUGUCCACUUGGGAGAGAUGAGGAUUCCUGUGCCACCACCCACGCUGACCAGAUGCUCUCGGGGUAUGCGAAAACACAUGGUCAGACGAGGAGAGAGCAGUAGGAGUAGCAGUGUUUUCUGUGGUAAUCCAUGUUUCCGUCAGCGCUAAGAAGUCGAGGGACUGGAGGGUAGCAUAGGCUGAGAUGUACUCUGCCUUGUUGGCUGCAGAACGGCAGUUCCAUAGGCUGCCGGAGACCUGGAACUCCACGUGGGUCAUGCACAAAGUAGAUGUCCUAAACGACUUGCCAAAACGAUAGUUUGUUAACAAGAAAUUAAUGGAGUGGUUGAAAAACGAGUUUUAAUGACUCCAACCCAAGUUUAUGUAAACUUCUGACUUCAACUGUAUACUGUUGAAUAACACCUUAUUCCCUAUAGUGUACUGCUUUAGAGCCACAGAGCACUCUGGUCAUAUAGUAUUGCCUGUAGGUAUGCCCCUCUCUCUCUCUCUCUCUCUCUCUCUCUGUCUCUCUGUCUCUCUUUCUCAGGUUAGUCUCUCACUCUCUCACUCAGUCUCUCAAUCUCGCUCUCUCUCGUUUUCUGUUAGAAGUCUUUUAGAACACUCAGUCUUGAUUGAAAAUGUAGCACGUCUCUCCUUGAUGACUAUGACUUCAGCGAAACUGCAGAAUCCUUAAUGACCCCUGUGAGCCACCGUACUCUGCAGGCAUUGGAGGAAGAGAGGGAGAGAGAUAGGAUAGAAGGGGAGAGAAACCAAGAAGAAAGUUAAAAAUAGGAGAGGAAGAGAGAGAGAUAAAGAGAGAGAGAGGUAAAACAAAAAUAGAGAGGGGAGACAGAGAGGCCUGUGUCCUCUGAGUGCUACUUCAGGAGUUGAGCCCAAGGGUUGCUAUGACAACAGAACAGGAUGACCAUCUCAGAAUUGACCUAGACCACUGUCUGUGUAUCUGAGUGUCUGAGUUGUGUGUGUGCACUUUAGUAUGUGUGUGUGUUUGUCUGUGUGUGUAUUUCUGUGUGUGUAUUUGCGUGUGUGCGUGUAUUUGUGUGUGUGUGUCUAAGUCAGUCUCUCUACAUACACGUAUAUCUGUGUCUGCAUAUGAGUGUGUGUUUAUGUCAGUGUAUGUGAUCUGUGUGUAGUUAAUGUGUGUUGUUGUGUGGUACAUCAGAUGUGUGGGUUGAGGGGGACCUUCCCCCAGGCUGGCGUGAGGUCACAGACCAAUCAGAGAUCUAUUUCUGGCAUGUCCCCACUGGCACCACCCAGUACAACCGCCCUGUCGCCACGACACACCUCGACCCACACCCUGGCUCACAGCAGGGCGACACAGUCACCCUGAGACCCCCCAGCGAGGUGAGGCCUGACACACACACAUAAUGUACACACACACACACACACACACUCAAAGGCUGUGUUUAGACAGGCAGUCCAAUUCUGGUCUUUUUUUAACAAAUUGGUCUUUUGACCAAUCAGAUCAGCUCUGAAAAAGAUCUGAUGUGAGAAAAAUAUCAGAAUUGCGCUGCCUGUCUAAACGCAGCCAAACUCGCACACAUGCACGCACACUCACACAUACUCACGCACACUCACUCACACUCACACACACACUCACACACACACUCUGUGUACACUGAGUCCUGCCGCUAGAGUUCCUUUGAUAAUGUAAUAUCUCUCUCUCUCUCUCUCACUCUCUCGCUCUCUCUCGGUCGUUCUCUCUUCCCUCCGCUUUCUACCUCUCUCUGCAGCGUCCUAGCAGUUUGGUAUCAGACAGUUCAUUGGAGCCUGUGCCCUCUCCCUCCGGCUCCUCUCCCUCCUCCUCCACCCCUCCCUCUGAUCUCCCUCUGCCUGACAGAGGCUUUGACAACACCAGCUACACUGUCAGUGUAAGACUACACACUACUAACGGCACCAUGUACACAGGCUCAGAAACAACUGAAAUCACAUAUGUGCACCUUAAAAAUUUGGAUAUGUAAGAGAUAGUAAAAAUUAUCAAUAUAUAUAAAAUAUGAAAGGGAUGUGGUCCUCUGUAGCUGAAUUGGUAGAGCAUGGCGCUUGUAACGCCAGGGUAGUGGAUUCGAUCCCCGGGACCACCCAUACGUAAAAAUGUAUGCACACAUGACUGUAAGUCGCUUUGGAUAAAAGCGUCUGCUAAAUGUCAUAUUAUUAUUAUUAUUAUUAUUAGAUAUUAAUGUAUCUCUCUCUCUUUUCUUUCUCUCUCGCUCUCUUUCUCUCUCUCGCUCUCUUUCUCUCUCUCUCUCUCUUCUCUCCUCUCUCUCUCUCCGUCUCUAUCUCUUCUCUCUCUCUAUUCGCUCUCCUCUCUCUCCCUCUCUCUCUCCAUCUUUUUCUCUCUCUCUCUCUUUUCUCUCUCUCUCUCUCUCUCUAUCGCUCUCUCUCUCUCUCUCUCUCUAUCGCUCUCUAUCUCUCUCUCGUUCUCUCUUCCCCCUCUCUCUUUCUCUUUGAUCCCCUUUCUAUCUAGGAGCUGAAGGACUACCCAGUCUAUCCUGACCCCAGCCUGAAAGCUUUUGAAGGAGCUACUCUUCGUUACGCCUCACUGAGACUGCAGUAAGACGCACACAGACACACACCAUAAAACACACAGACAGUCGAUUAAGGCAGCCCUUAAUGCAUUCAGUUGUGCAACUGACUAGGUAUCCCCCUUUCCCUUUCCCAGUAUUCAACAACAUUGCUUACCAGACAUUCAGCAUAGCCUGGAUUUCUGAUUAGCACAUUCGUCACAUUUCUCCUGACCAUUUCUCAUUAUUAUUCAGUCAUUCACACACACUUUAAUGUCUUUGCUCAUGGUUAUCUCUCCGUCUGUAGCCCUGCCCAGUUAGAGACAGUGGACCUCAACAGUGCCUACACUGACCCAGAGGGACAGGUGAGACCUCCUUAAUCACUGAUUUUACAAGGUUGGAUAGAGGACAACAAUGGAAUACUAACCAUGCUGUCACCUAUCCAGAGGAAGGGGAGGGAUGGAAUGAUGUAAUGUGCUGUCCAUUGAGAUUCUGUAGCAGUACCACCUAGUGGUAGUUUAGUGAACUACUGCCUUGUACCAAGGCUCUGCUACUAAAUGGCAGGUUUAAGUGCCCCCUGCUGGAUAAUUGGUUAAUGUACAUGCUCCCCAACAGAGGUGGUGGGGGGUGAUGUCAUAGCAAGGUUAUUAUAGUAAACUAAAACUGAAACUAAAACGAAUCAUGAAAAAUAUAUUUAAUAAACUGAAAUAAAAUAAUUAAGAAAUGUUUUAAACUAUACUGAAACUAUUAUCUUUGACUCCAAAAUGACCUAAAAUAAAAUAAAAGUCAUCAUAAAUUAUGUUCAGUUUUUUUUUCUCAUAGGGCAAAAAUAAAAUAAAAAAUUCAAGCAGGUAAAUGCUGCUCGGAGAUGGCGAUGUUUCAAAUAGGCCUAGCUUGUGCAUCACUAUCACUAGCUACAUAGUCUGUAGACAGAUGGGUUGCCUCGCACAGUGUAACAAUGUUUCAGCAUACACAUCUGUACAAGUACCUGCAUCGCUUGGGACAGAGAGGAGGAGUUGGAACAAGGAAGACCGUACCUUAUCUGGUGACGUCAUUGCCUUAUCCGGUAGUUGCCCUAGCAGAGGUGGAACUCAGUCGGGGUCUCAACUUACUGUUGAGAGUUAGAAUAGUAGAAUGCACAAGGUGCAAUUUCGAAAUGUGGUUUUGCAUCAGCAGUUUUUCUCUUAUGUCAGUCACUGACAGUAACUCAGUUAGUCCAUGUCAGCUAACAUGUUAUAGAUUUUUUAGGCCGGCUAUGACUGCAUGUGUGGGUAUGGAUGUGGGUACGAAGCAGACCCACGAGCCACUGCUGCCCUGGAACAAGCUCCCCCACGACACGCCAGGACAGCGGAGUCACUGACCACCUUCCGGAGACACUUCAAACCCUACCUCUUUAAGGAAUACCUGGAAUAGUAUAGAAGUUAUCCUUCCCCCCCCCCCCCCCCAAAAAAAAAAAAGUCCCACUGGCUAUCAUAAGUUGAAUGCACCAAUUUGUAAGUCGCUCUGGAUAAGAGCGUCUGCUAAAUGACGUAAAUGUAAAUGAUGAGUUCAGAAUUUUUGUGGCCCCCAUCAAAGUUGUCCAUCCCUGCCCUAGCGUAAACAUCCCCACUGGACACAAGGUUGUAGCUUGCUAGCUAGCAGGAUGUAGAAUGUGGAGGUUAUUUUUUAUGAGAGCAUUUUGCUAGAUUGUACAUCUACAUUCACUAAAACCACGGCGAAGGUUUUGGUUUCGAAUGGCAACGUUCUUAGACUGUAUGUCUCCCUACAGGCUACUGAAAGAGUUAGAUUUUCAGGCUUUGCCCGCCUACCCGUGAUUUGUUGGGAGUGUUGUCUGUCUGAAGAGGACCGAUCCUUCCUGGAAUUUUUUUUUUAUGUCCAAGAGAAUCUGAGAUCCUCCCCAGACCUAGUGCUGUUUCUCUAGGUCUGGGAUUCCAUAGCCAUCACUAGCUAACACCAGCCAUCACCAGCCAUCACUAGUCAUCACUAGCUAACACUAGCCAUCACUAGCCAACACUAGCCAACACUAGCUAACACUAGCUAACACUAGCCAACACUAGCUAACACUAGCCAUCACUAGCCAUCACUAGCUAACACUAGCUAAUACUAGCCAUCACUAGCCAUCACUAGCCAACACUAGCUAACACUAGCCAACACUAGCUAACACUAGCUAACAGGAAAUAGAACCUACAACACACAUGGGUACUGGCCUCUCAUAUAUAGGCUACUUUCUGUCCCUAAUACUAAAACUAAAACUGAAACUAAAUGAUAUAAAAACGAAAUAGAAAGGUUUUUAUCAAACUAAAACUGGAUAAAAACUAGUAAAUCAAGUAGGGAAAAUAAGUGAAACUAAACUGAAUUUUGAGAAAAACGAAUAGAAAUGAAAGCUAAUAUCAAAACAAAACAAAACUAUAAUAGCAUCAUAGUUUGAUGAGGUUGUUGUUGUUGUUGAUGUUGAUACGGUUUCUGAGUGAGAAUGACCAGAAGGUAAAGAGAGGGAGAAGAAAAAGAGGAGGAAGGAUUUAGAGAGCAAACAGUUAGGCCUAAUGUACCUGGAAACAUUCAGAUGGAGAACUGCUGUUGAACGUUUCACACGUUAACGGAUAAUGUGUUCAUGUGUGUAUGUCCAUGCGUGUGUGUGUGCGGUGCAUGAGUGCGUUCAUGCUUGCUUGCUUGUAUGCAUUUCUGUGUGUUCAUACACACCUGUUUGUGUGUCAGUCUGUGUGCAUGUUUGUCCAUGUGUGUGUGAGAGUGAGAACAAAAGCCUGGGGUCUGUCCCUAAAGAGAAGAAGAAUACAUUGUGGUGCUCUGUAGAGGGAGGGCUGGCUCUGGGCUUUCUAUCUCUCUCUCUCUCUCUCUCCUCUCUCUCUCUCUCUCACUCUCUCUGUCUCUCCCUCUCCCUCUGUCUCUGUGUCUCUCUCUCUCUCUCUCACUCUCUCACUCCCUCUCUCUCUGUCUCUGUCUCUGUCAAAGCCCUGGGAUGCACUGAACCACAGCCUUUAUAUUUUAUAAACUGUCGCUUGCGCAUGCACCAAAAAUGUUUAGGGGCCUAAUCAUAGAAUUACAUAUAGAAUCUCUAUGAAUUCAAUAGGAUCUCUGUGGGCCUAGUCGUAAACAUUUGUCAUAUAACUUUCAACACAACCAUUUGUCAUUUAACUUUUAACACAACCAGUCAUGAUGUUUUCAUCUGAUUGUCAAACAAUCACAUAAUAAUAAUAAUAAUAUGCCAUUUAGCAGACGCUUUUAUCCAAAGCGACUUACAGUCAUGUGUGCAUACAUUUUUACGUAUGGGUGGUCCCGGGGAUCGAACCCACUACCCUGGCGUUACAAGCACCAUGCUCUACCAAUUGAGCUACAGAGGACAACAUCAAAGGGCUCUUUAACUAGGCUACCCACACGUUCAGCCACUCGCAACAUAUUUCCAGCCUUAAAACAGUGAUGAAUGGAAAGAGACAUCUGUUACACCAAAAAAAAGUGUAAUGACAUUUGGCGAUUGUCAUUAGGCCAGAAUGUAUGCCUCCACUGCUGUCCUCGCGCAUCUCGGGUGUCGGCCACUACUGUCCUCGCGCAUCUCGGGUGUCGGCCACUGCUGUCCUCGCGCAUCUCGGGUGUCGGCCACUACUGUCCUCCCGCAUCUCGGGUGUCGGCCACUACUGUCCUCCCGCGUCUCGGUGUCGGCCACUGCUGUCCGUGCGCGUCUCGGUGUUGGCCACUGCUGUCCGCGCGCGUCGGUGUCGGCCACUGCUGUCCUCGCGCGUCUCGGGUGUCGGCCACUACUGUCCUCCCGCGUUUCGGUGUUGGCCACUACUGUCCUCCCGCGUUUCGGUUUUGGCCACUCAUCUCUCUGCCUUGACAAAAUGUAUAUGUUUUCAUCUAACCACAUCGCAUUUUAGAGCGUAGGCUAUACCACCCGUUUUCAAGUCCAUUCGCUCAUUUUUCAUGCCUCGGACAUGCUGUAAUGAUAAAAAAGUGUUUUUCUUGACAUUUUGUUUUAAUUAUUGUGAUAGCCUCAUGUUUGACCGGUACUGCGUACCCCCACUAUUUAUUUUGCCGGGAUGCCAUACCAGACCAUACCGCCUUACUUUCACCUCUUGAACGCACACCCAUGGUAUCUGCUGCAUUAUAGCCUACCACUGUUAAAAGGCCUCUCUUCACACAUUUGACCAGAGAUCUACAGAUUCACUUACCAGACUGGACCGUUUUACUUUCACCCCUACUAAUGAGUAUAAGUGUGUUUAUUAAUCAGUGUGUGUGUGUGUGUGUGUGUGUGGGCGGGGGUACUGGCUAGGAGUCUGUAUAUAUUAUAUUAAAUGUAUAUGAAUCCAUCUAUGUGUGUUGUAGUCGUUCCCGGUGCGUUCUCUGGGCUGGGUGGAGAUGGCAGAGAGGGACCUGACAGAGGGAAGGAGCAGUGUGGCUGUCCACCACUGUAUCAGACAGCUGUCCUACUGUAGGAGGGACAUACAAGACUCCGCUGGGGUCUGGGGAGAGGUGAGGACACUGUGUGCGUGUGUGCGUGUGUGGGCGCAUUGAUUGAUGUAUUGACGUAUUGAUCGUCCCAUCAGGGUAAGGGCAUGCUGCUGGUGCUGCAGGACCGUGAUCUGACCCUGGUUGACCCUGAUGACCACAGCCUGCUCCACUCUCAGCCAAUCAGCAGUAUCCGUGUGUGGGGUGUUGGCCGAGACCACGACAGGUGA